UGUGAGACGCCUGCAGCAGAAACCACGCUCGCAAGCCUCUUAUCCCUCAAAAGAAAAGCCAGUGUCCGAAGCAAAUAUCUGUUCUAUCUCUCUCUACUUCGGAGUCGGGAGCUUCUUUUCCGACGUCGUAUUCAACAUGGCUUUAGGAUUUUGUCCAUUCAAUUCAACACGGCUAGCCUCCCUCCCGUUCCCUUCAGAAAAUGCCCUUAAAACCUCCAAAAAUCCUCUCUACAUGAGCACGGCGUCGCUUAAGUUGCUCUGUGUUCGGGCUUCUGCCUCGAACUCCGCCUCGAAAGCCCGUUUCGUUGCGCGUCGGAAGGAGUCCGUUUCGGUUCGGCAGUUGAAACGCCCUCUAAUUGAGUAUAUGCGCCUACCCGCAAGCCAAUACUCGGUGCUGGAUGCAGAGAGGAUAGAGAGGAUAGAUGAUAAUACGUUUAGGUGCUAUGUGUAUAGGUUCAAGUUUUUUAAUUUUGAGGUUUGCCCUGUUUUGCUUGUUAGGGUUGAAGAACAGCCUAAUGGCUGCUGUAUUAAGCUCUUGUCUUGUAAGCUCGACGGUUCACCAAUUGUGGUUGCGCAAAAUGAUAAGUUUGAUGCUUCUAUGGUGAAUCAAAUAUCUUGUGAUGCCAACCGAAGUGGCUCAUUAGUUCAAGAACUUACAUCAGAUGCAGUUAUUGAGGUUAGCAUUGAGGUUCCUUUUGCGUUUAGUCCAAUUCCUUUGGGAAUGAUUGAAUCAACUGGGACCCAAGUCCUUGAACAAAUACUUAGGCUAAUGCUGCCCCGCUUUAUGGCACAGAUAAGGUAGAUCAUAGAUCUAAACAAUCAUGAUGUUGCAAAGGAAUUUGUGUUCAAAAGUGAGGAAGAUGGAAUGACAAUUUUACUAGCAAUCUAAUUGGCCUACAUGAAGUGGAAUGUGGAUAUGUAAAUUUAGUCUGUGGGCAGAUUGAGUUUUUCUCAGGUCGGUUAUUCUAAAUCUCAUUGGUAAUAACUGCAGUCAGUAUUUUGUUGAAUGGAUGAACCAAAUAUCAUUUAGCCAUUUGGCGAUGAUAGUCUGGUAUGGUGGUAAUUCAUAAUAAUCUUUGGCUGUUGAAAGUAAGGUGUAUAGUCGAGUAUAAAAGUGGCAAUAUUCUGCUUUUGGCUGCCUUCAAUGAUAGUGGAUGGUCUAUCAUCACUAAUCCAAUGGUUGCAAAAGCAUUUAGUCAAUUAGCAACACCAUGAUCAACAUGGUGCAAACAGACCAACUCAAUCAGUCUGUACUUGUGGCUCUAUGUAUUUGAUGCACAUAUCCACUUUUGGCAUUAUGUUUGAAGAAUUACAUGUGAAUUUUGGAGUAAAUCAUGAUGCUCUACUGUUUUAGCAAAUUUGUUGUUUCAUUUUCAGCUAUUUAUAGUUCACUUUCUAGACUCUCAUAUCUGUGGCCCAUGAGGUCCAAUUUUCAAAUCAAAAUUUAUAUUGGAUUAUCACGUUAAUGAUAUCUGUCAAAUGAAUAGAAAGUAAAAGUUUUAUAUUUUUGUUGAGUGUUUAAUUUAUUUGUUAAUGGUUGAAAUCAUGUUUAGGAAGUUAUUUCUUGGAAUUGUCUUUAAGACUAUCUAUAAGCUUGUAGUUCUUGAAGCCUCUACUUUUUCAUUGUGAAGUUUAGCCAAGAGUCAGGUUUAUAAUGCUUAUAUGAGUGGGAAUGAUGUUAGAGAAGCCCUUUGGUCUGAAACUAUUUUCUCAGCAGGUUUCAUUUUUGGAAUGAGUUUUUCCUCUUAAACAAAUCAAGUGUGUACAUGAUUACACGAAUGGCAUCAACAAAUAGCUGCUGGUUGAAUGGUGUUCCAGACUAUUCUUUUUUUGUUUGGUUUUAGCCAUCCUUACUGACUGCUGACUCCCAAUUGCCACAAGUUAUUAUUGAAGUAGCAUUCUACUUUACUGGUAUGAAUUAUGUCCAACUUAUCAGAUUAAACUGUAUGGACUGGUCAGUUGUAAGUGGUGCUGUACAUCACCAGAAAGCUGUCUGUCCUGACAUAUUUCCUCUGAAAAGAUAAAAGAGGUUAGAGAUAAAUUGCAGAGGGGGAGAAGAAUAAUGCAUGCUAGAGAAAGAGAAAGACAAACAGCGAAAAAUGGUGGCUGCAGUAGGUGAGAGGAGCAGGAGAAACAGCUGCUAUCAUCCACAUAUCUACUGGAUGAGUGUUUUAAGGAUUUCUAAUUGUAUGUAUCAGAUUGUGAAACACAGUUGGGUUCACACUCCUUUACUUCUAUAUUGUACAUCACAUAUCUUGACUACUAAAUGCUUUGUUCAUUGUGGAAUUUGUGACUAUCAGGUGCUAGCUGCGCUUAUAGGAAAAGGAAAGAUAGGGUUUAGAAAAUGCUAGAUUGGCUUUAGUUCUUUUUUUUUUUUUUUGAGUACAUGGUCAGUUUGUAGCAUUUGAUUUUGCUCUUUGGCUCCAGAAGUUUGAGAAAUUGAAGUCUCCAAAGUGACAAACAGUUAAGAUUGACAAGCAAUAUUUUGUAUCUCUGGCAUGCGUUAGAAAAGAUUUGUGGAACAAUAGAAAUAGCUACUGACAGUUAAAAUACUCUUGGAUGCAGCAUGAGUGUCCAUUAUUAUUUCUUCUUUUCUUUUUUGAGGGUAGGGGAAAUUCGCCAUUUGCAUGGGAAGGGCCAGAAGGGGGCGGGGGGGUUGGUGUCGAGAGUACUGAAUGAGCAAAUUAUGCUGUAUACAAUCAUGUUAAGAAUUAUGAAAUGAUACUGUUUUCAUUUUUCUUAAUGUGACACUUGCAACGAUUGCUGCGUCCUCUUAAUUGGUUUAUUUUGAGUGCAAACUUUGCAAAUUGUAAUAUGAAAAUAUGAAGCAGCAGAUCCAACUUACACAAAUGAGCUUUCUGCUUUUGAAAGACAGUUCUGAUAUACUUUCAUUGUUUUGCAGCUUGUUAAAGACUAUCAAGCAUGGGCUUCUGGUGAUGCCUCAAGGCAACCUCUUGGAACUGGUGAGAUUUGAGAGUAAGAGGGAAAAGAUUUACUUGCACUCUCUUUGAAAUCAUCUGCUUCUUCGAUUUUGCCAGCAUACAUAGUUGUACAAUAGGCGCAUGUCAGAAUAUCUCUGCUCUAGGUGCACCGAUUUACUUGGAUUGGUUUUCAUUAGGGAGGGAAAAAUCAUUUAAGAUAUUCUUUGUAUUUAAUGUGAAUGACAGAUUCUAAUUACAACUUCCUGUAGUCCCAGUUUCACUUCAAUCUAUUCCAAUGAUGACUGGAAUUCU